UCGGCCGGCAAGGGAGCAGCAAACGGCCGGCGGCGGGCGGCGGGCGCCGCGCGCGGGGGGCGGGCGGCGCGGAGGCGGCGGCAGUGGCCAUGGCCGAGGCGUCGCCGCAGCCCGGACGGUAUUUCUGCCACUGCUGCUCGGUCGAGAUCGUGCCGCGCCUGCCGGAUUACAUCUGCCCCAGAUGCGAGUCUGGUUUUAUUGAGGAGCUUCCAGAAGAGACCAGGACACCCCGUCCUCCCAGGAGUACGGAGAAUGGUUCCGCCCCCUCCACAGCCCCCACGGACCAGAGCAGGCCACCAUUCGAGAACGUGGACCAGCACCUGUUCACACUGCCACAGGGCUAUGGGCAGUUUGCUUUCGGCAUCUUCGACGACAGCUUUGAGAUCCCCACGUUCCCUCCUGGGGUGCAGGCCGAUGAGGGCAGGGACCCCGAGAGCCGUCGGGAGAGAGAGCAGCACUCCCGGCACCGGUACGGCGCCCGGCAGCCUCGCGCCCGCCUCACCGCACGACGAGCCACCGGGCGGCACGAAGGCGUCCCCACGCUGGAAGGGAUCAUCCAGCAGCUGGUCAAUGGCAUCAUCACUCCUGCCAGCAUCCCCAGCCUGGGCCUGGGCCCCUGGGGUGUCCUGCACUCAAACCCGAUGGACUACGCCUGGGGGGCCAACGGCCUGGAUGCCAUCAUCACGCAGCUCCUCAAUCAGUUUGAAAACACGGGCCCCCCGCCUGCAGACAAAGAGAAGAUCCAGGCCCUCCCCACCGUCCCUGUCACCGAGGAACACGUAGGCUCCGGGCUGGAGUGUCCCGUGUGCAAGGACGACUACGGGCUGGGGGAGCGCGUGCGGCAGUUGCCCUGCAGCCACCUCUUCCACGACGCCUGCAUCGUGCCCUGGCUGCAGCAGCACGACAGCUGCCCCGUGUGCCGGAAGAGCCUCACGGGACAGAACACGGCCACCAACCCCCCGGGCCUGACGGGCGUGAGCUUCUCGUCGUCCUCGUCCUCAUCGUCAUCCAGCUCGCCCAGCAACGAGAACCCAGCCGGCAACUCCUGAGCGCCCCCUGCCGGCCCCCCAGAGAGGGCCCAGGACCUCGGCCCGCGCCAGGCCCCCCUGUGGGGGGGAGGUGGGGGUCGGGGCGCUGCGGGGCUGGAGCCUGGAGGGCCCCCCCACGCCUGCCCCCACUCCCGCGCCGCCCCCGCGCCGCCGGCUGAGACUUGGGGACCGCCGCCGCCAGGCCGGAGCCAGCUCAGCCGUCCCCGCGGAGCGUCUCCCGCAGGGGCCUGGGUGCGCGUCGCCCCCCACCCCCACCCGUUCGUCUCUAACCUCACCCUCUACAGUCAACGGCGGAAAGGUUUUUAUAAUUUUAAAUUAUUACUGCUUUGAAAUAAAUGGACGUUUUAGCUCA